AUGGCUACAAGCGCUCAAGGACCGGCCAGCACCGUACCGGAAUGGCUGACGAAGGAGUUCUUCGUCGACGCCAUAGCCAGCAAGCUGUCUCUGCCGGCGGCAGACUUUACGAUUACCGAGCUGGAUGUGAAGCCAGCGACGGCGGUGGGCGAUAACUACGCAUCGGUGCUGUAUCGGGUUCGCGUGACCGUGGUAGUGCACGGUGGAGCCGAUCCAACCGCAACGGCCGCAGUGUCCCUGAUCGUGAAAGCACAGCCCAACCUUGGGCUAACCGAUGAGAUCGUGCAGUCGAUGAACCUGUUCCCCAAGGAGAUGGGCAUGUACGCGACGCUUCUGCCCGCCUUCACGCGGCUGUACGCCGAGCGGGGCCGUGACGUCACGUUUGGACCGCGCUGCCUCAAGCUGUGCAGCGAGCCAAUGAACGUGAUCGUGCUAGAGGAUAUGCUCGAUCGUGAGUUUUGUAUGGCGGAUCGGCGCCACGGUCUCGAGAUGGACCACUGCCGGAUGGUGUUGCGGCGCUUGGCACUGCUCCACGCUGCGUCAGCGGUCUACUGCGAGCGCACCGGUCCGUACGAUGAUAUUUAUCAGAAAGGCAUGUUCUCCGAGGAUGGGCGCGCUCUCAGCGAGCAGUUCCAGAAGGUGCAGGACGAAUUCAUGUACACGGUCAUGAGCGGGUGGUCGGCAAAGGGCAAGUUCUACGCCGAGCUAAUGAAACAAUGGGGAAUGGACAUGUUUGAAGUAAUCGUUCGGGUAACUCGCGCCUCUCGGCAAACGUUCAACGUGCUAAAUCACGGCGAUAUGUGGUGUAAUAAUCUGCUCUUCCAUCACGACGAUAAGGGUGACCUCGACGAUAUUGUUUUGAUCGACUAUCAGCUCAGCUUCUGGUGCUCACCCGCGAUCGAUCUGCUGUACUUCAUGUGCACUUCCGUAAACGGCAAUGAACGGUUUACGCAAAUGGACUACCUGGUGCACUACUACCACAAGCACCUCGUGCGUGAGCUGACCUUUCUCGAGUACUCGGGCGAGAUUCCCACGCUACCGGAACUACACUCGGACCUGAUUGCGCACCAUCUGUACGGGUUCGUCGUGUCGUUCUCGAUCCUACCGAUGGUUCUAAUGGAGAAAACCGAUGACGCCUCGAUGGAUCUGAUGCUGGAUCAGGGCGACGCCGGGCUGGCGUUCAAGCUGAAGAUGUACAACAACCCCGCGUACGUCCGGCAGAUGGAGCAAAUUAUGGACUACUUCUACAACAGCGGUGCCUUCGAUAUCCUGGGACUCGGCACCCAACAGCCGGCGGGCAUCGAAUGCGAUGCGGCCGUACAACUGCCGGUCUGGCUCACCCGGGACUUUAUCCAAGACCUGGUGAACAGGAACUUCACAACAGGGGAUAGAGUGGCCGGUACCGUGAGAAGUGCGUUCGUGAGAAACACAACGCAAAAGAACGACACCAGCUCCCCGGCACUGUACUCGGUGCGGGUGACCCUAUUCCACGAGAGUCCCGGCACCGAAGAGCUUGUCUCGUUCGUGAUCAAGGCUCCACCGAAAGGAAACACAGCGGCGUACGCGCGGGAUAAGGACGCCUACGUGCGGGAGCAGCAACUGUACGAUGAUCUGCUGUCAGAGUUUGAGCAAAUGUAUCGGACCCGCGGAGACUGUGUGACCUUUGGUCCACGAUCGUACAGACCGCGUGCCGGUUUACCCUACGAGGUGAUCGUUUUGGAGGAUCUAAGCGCCAGUGGGUACCGCAUGGUGGCCAGUCCGUGCGAUGGGCUGGAUAAGCAGCAUACCGAAGCUGUGCUUGACCAUAUGGCCAAGUUCCAUGCGGCGUCUGCCGUGUUCCGUGAGUUGGGAGGUUUCCUACCGAAGGAACUACGAGAGGGGUGCUGUGCGAUGGAGCUGGCAAAGGCAACCGAUCAGCAUUUGUCUCCCACAUUAGACCGCGUUUUCGCCUACUUGAAGGACCUCGAUUUCGCCGAACAGUACGUGGAGGAUUUGGAAACGGCCACCGGGCACGUCUUUAGCUCGCUGCUCGAUACCGCGUCCCUCGAUGCCGAUGCCUUCUGUGUGCUCAAUCAUGGUCAGAUGGAACUGCGCAAUCUGCUGUUUGCCUACGCCGAGGGGGGCACCGUAGGCCGGGUGGCGCUGAUCGAUUACCGCAACGCGGCCUGGGGAUCGCCAGCUUUCGACCUGAUCCAUUUCCUGUUUUCGUCCGUCUCGCUGGACCUCAAGCUGUCGCAGCAGGCACACUUCCUGCGCUACUACCAAGAAAAGCUGGCCCGUCACUUGCUGUGCCUCGGGUACUCGAAACCGCUACCGACCCUGCAGAAGUUGCAUAUCGAUUUCAACAAACGACUGUUUGCCGCCAUCAAGACCACACUGAUCGAUCUACCGAAAGCGUUAGCUGUACCGGUAGACGAGAGCGUUCCGGAGUCACCGUCCGAGAAACCACUAUUCACCAACGGCUGUUACGGGGACCAAAUGAAACUACUUUUACCCGUCGGCACUAGUCGAUCGACGAGCGCCACGAACGCCGGAUUACCGAAGACUCGCCGCCGUAACGCUUCACCUUCGCGGCUGUCGGAAAUAAGUGUUUCCAGGUCGUCGUUUACGGCCAGUUCGGCCAUGUCGCUGGCGAGCGCUUCGCUCGAGGCACCGCGCAGAAAAAUGGUCAACAUCAGCUGGUUGGACGAUGGUUUCCUGUCGGGCGUGUUGGCAACCACGGAAGCCGGCUUUUCGCGCCUGGUCUCGUACGAGGUGGCCUUGGCCACCAAAAAGGGUGACAACUACGCGAGUGACAUGUACCGUGUAGCGGUGCAUUACGAAACCGGGGCCGGCGAAACGGUUCGUCGAAAUCUGAUACUUAAGGUUAUGCCAUCCGGGGAGCUCCAGCAGCAGGUGAUGGAGGAGAAUAGCAUCUAUCCGCGGGAAACCGUCAUCUACCGGGAGAUACUGCCCAAGGUGUACGCGCUUCUGCGCUCGAUCGGCGACCCCACGAUUAUCUCUCCGAUUUGCUUAAGUACCGAAAGUGGUGGCGCCUCGAAACAGAUGCUGGUGUUUGAGGAUGCGCGCGAGCAAGGCUUUCAGAUGGUGGACCGUCGGUUUGGGUUGGAUUUGGAGCAGGCCCGCCUAGUGAUGGUGAAGCUGGCGAAGCUUCAUGCUUGCUCCAGCAUACUGUACGAGUCUGAUCCGCAGCUGUUCGAGCUUACGCUGGAAGGGUGCAUCAGCGAUAAUCCCAAGAAGCAGUCGUUCCUACCGUACUAUCGGCUCUGUGUGCAGCAGGUCAUCCGGCUGGUGAGGGAGUGGAACGCACCGGAAGAGUGGAAUGUAAUACUGGAGAAGCUGGAACAGUUGGAACACAAAAUCAUCCCGUACGGCUGCGAGGUUUACCGGCGCGACGAGAGUUCGUUCAAUGUGCUCAACCACAACGACAUUUGGGUCAACAAUAUGAUGUUCCGCUAUGGACGUGAGAAGGGCAACCUGGAAGAUGUUCUUCUGCUCGACUAUCAGCUCUCGUUCUACGGGUCGCCGGGGCUGGAUCUCAACUUUUUCCUGUUCGGCUCCCUGACGCCGGAAGUACGCUCGACACACAUGCCAGAGCUAGUGCAGGUUUAUCACGCCACGCUGCGCAACACAUUGGAGCGGCUUCACUACCGCGGGUCUAUUCCGUCGCUGCCGGACGUACACGUGGAGCUCAUUCGCAAGGGAUUCCACCGCGUUAAUGCCACCUUCCAGAUGCUUCCGAUCGCCUUGAUGGAAAACUCGGAGGAAGCCGAAAUGGACCUGCUGUUGGCGGCCAAUAAGUCCGGUGAAGCGCUGAGACGGCAACUGUUCGACAAUCCUCGUUACAUCACGAGCCUCCGGAAGGUGCUGCCGGAGCUUCACCGAAGCGGUUAUUUAGAUUGACAGAGGGCCCCCGUGUUUGCGUUUGCGGUCUCGGCUGUUUUGCAAAUAUUGUUUGAGCCUAACGUUUACACACAGUGCCAUUGUUUCUA